AUGAUGGGCUACGGUGGUCAUUCCUUCCACCCUCGCCCCCCGCAGACCGCCCAGCAGCACCCGCAACAGCAACAACAACAUCAACAACAACACCAGCAACACUCCCUGCAGUCCCCGUCCAUGAGUUCCGCGGGACAUGCCCAUCAGGGCUCCAAUAUUAGCGCCGGUAGUCUUCUGCGUGGUCCCUCCGCCGCCGACGUCGCCGCCGCUCACUCCCCCGAUCUCCGCAAGAUGACCCCCGCCUCGUCGGCGCCGCUGGUCGGUCUCCCCACGGGCGGCAAUUUCGGCACCUUUCCCAACCACUUCCCCCCGCAGGGCUCCUCCGAUCUUCUGUCGCGCAAUCCUGACUCCGUCGGUCAGCUCAAGGAUCCCUACCUGUCCUUGCAGAAUCUGCAGCGCAAUAUGAACCCCAUGGCCAACUUUCGCGCCCACCCCAACGCCAUGAACCCACAGGCCACGACCCUGUCCCCCCACGCCCACGCCAUGACAUUGGGGUCCCCGCAGCAGUCGCUCGAGCGUCUACAGCAGCAGCAACAGCAACAACAACAGCAGCAGCAGCAGCAGCAACAGCAACAUUCGCAUCUGCAGCAUCGCCAGGCCGCCCAUCCUGCUGGGACCUCUCCGGCCGCCGCCUCGCCCAUGCUCACCACCACUCAACCCCAGCAUCAGCAGGCCCACUUCGCCUCCACCCAGCCGCAGUCCUACGCGGCUCAACAGGCGUAUCAACCCCACCCGGCCGCCCAGGCCUCCCCUUACCAAUCCCAGGCUCAGGCCUCUCCCUAUCAGGCCCAGGCGGCCCAGGCGGCCGCCCAGGCCUCGCCCUACCAACAGCACGUGCAGCAAACUUAUCAGCAGCAGCAGCAGCAGCAACAGCAGCAGCAGCAGGCGCAACAGGCACAAUACCAGCAACACCCCCGGUACCAGCAGCAGGCCCAGCGGUCGCCCUAUCAGGCUCAGGCCCAGCAACCCGCCCAGUUCCAGCCGCCACAGGCCUUCUCCCGCCAGUACCCGCACGCGCAGCCGGCGUCGUCGUACCCACAGUCUCAGCCCUCCCCCUACCAGCAGGCCCAGCAGUCGCCCCGGUCUCUCGUCCAGCCGCCCGUCUCCCAGGCGCCCCGGGCGACCUCGACCCCGCAGCCGGCCGCCCAGUCCCAGCCGGCCGCGGCUGUCCCGCCCGCACGGGCUCCGCCAUCGUCAGCCACCCCGGCGUCGGCCAUGACCGGUACCAUCGAUCUGCUCGGUGAGCCCAUCCAGCCCACCCAGCCGGACCCGACCCCCAAGCCACGGAAGAAGCCGCCGCCGCCGAAGCCCGCCGCCGCGUCUCCCGCCCAACAGCCCCAUCCCCUCCAGACCGCCACCACCCUCGGCGUCGCUGACCCGCCCCCGGGACCCGCGCCCGCCUUCUACACCGAGACCCCGGGCCAGAAUCCGCCCGCCACGGACAAGACGGCGACCCCUAAGAAACGGGGCCGUCCCCGCAAGUCGGAGGUCCUCGGUGAGGACGGCCAACCGCUGCCCAAGAAACGCAAGCCCCGCAAGCCCAAGGAGCCCAAGCCCCCGAAGGACGGUGCAGUCGCUGGCCCGGCCCCCAACCCCGGGGAGCCCCACAUGCCCGGGGCGCCCAUGGUCCCGGACGCGUCGGGCGCUGUGGCCACCGCGGGCCCCUCCGCCCCAGCCGCGCCACUGAUGAUCACCAACCCCGACGGGACCGUCGUGCCGGCGAAGCGCCGACGGGGUCGCCCACGCAAGUCUGAGAUCGACCCGAAUGCGCCCCCGCGCCCCAAGCGUCCGCGCAAGCCGUCCUCCAAGCCGGGGACCGGCCGACCUAGGGGCCGACCGCGCAAGGCGGACGUGGCUGCGCGGAAGGCCGCCGAGGAAGCCGAGGCUCAAGCCCAGGCCCAGGGUCAAGCUCCGGGUCAAGCUCCGGGUGCGGCUCCGGCUCCGGCUCAGGCUCAGGCGCCCGGGAGCCACGGGCCCACGCCCGUCUCGGGAGCGACGCACGGCUCAUCCCAGGUGACGCCUAAUGGAGGUGCGGGAUCGCUGUCGGCGCAGCCGGCCCUGUCCCAGGCCCAGGCCCAGCCGCAAGCGCAACCGCAAGCGCAGCCGCAGCCGCAGCACCACCAGAUGCCUCUCCAGGCCCAUGUGCAGAAGACCCCGAUGCAGCUACCCAUGCAGCAUCCCCAGCAUCCCCAGCAUCAUCAGCAUCAGCAGCAGCAGCAGCAUCAACAACACCAACAACACCAGCAACAUACCCAACAUACCCAACAUACGCAGCAUCCCCAGCAUCCCCAGCAUCCCCAGCAUACCCAGCAUACACAGCAUACACAGCAUACACAGCAGCAGCAGGCCCAACAACCGCAACAGCAGCAGCAACAUCCGCAUCAGCAUCAAGCGCAUCAGCAGAAACACCCGCAUCAGCAACAACUCCAGCAUCCGCAUCAACACAACCACGCAGCCGUCCAGGCGCAGGCUCAGGCCCAAGCCCACCUCCAACGCCCCCAGCCACACCUCCAGCAUCUCCAACACCUCCAACAACAGCACCCGCAGCACCUCCAAGCGCAGGGAGCGACGGCGCCCACGCAUGCGCAGCACCACCCAAUGCACAUGCACAUGCAGAUGCCCUUCCAGGCGACUCACCACAACGCCGCGGCCGCGGCAGCAUCGCACGCACCACACGACCCGAUGAUGCUGAACCGGGGCCAGAAGGGCGGAAUGGACGAUGAUCCGCGAAAGAGAGGAUUCAUCUUGCCUCAGAUGCAGUGA